AUGGUCGAUCUUUCCUUCAAUCCUGAAGUCGAAGAAGAAGAAGCGGGCAUCUCAGUAUUUCUGACGCAGGCGCAGCACAUUGACUUAGGUGUAGUCAAUUUGCCGGCUUGCUCUGGCACAACCUUUAUUCCGAGAUUCAGAUUCCGAGUUGAGGCAUCAGGAAAGGCAAACAUCACCGUCCCCGAGACUGUCAUCGUACCCGUGCCAAAAGAGUGGAGAUCAGAAAUCAUAAGGUUGUCAGUCUCAGCUGUCACUGACUCCGAGUAUGUAUUCGGCGCGGCUCCGGCGGCACGACCAGAAGAGUACACAGAAAUUGGCACAGCUGGCGCCCUCGUCGUUUCAGGCGGCAGCGGGCCAUUCACCGGUACCAUAGUUGGUGCGUACGCCACCAACAACGGCGGCAAGGGGAAGACACCGGCUUACUUUAGUCGGUGGAGAUACACUCCAGUCGCGCAAAAGAUUGAUGACGACGUUAUAGUGGCAGUAAAAUAG